AUACCACGCCCCCCUCCCUCCUCGAGGUGAAGGUGAAACUCGUUUUCCUGCCGCGAUGUCACUCCUCAGCUCCCGCACACAGCUUUGCAAACGGCUGGCACACAAGUAUGUGUCCAGGACCUACACCUCUCACUCUGCUCUCAAUGAAGUUGUCAUUGUCAGUGCAGCCCGCACCCCUAUGGGCUCGUUUAAAGGCAGCCUCUCUGCGCUUCCUGCGACCAAGCUGGGCUCCAUUGCUAUUAAAGGAGCGAUCGAGCAGGCAGGAAUCCCACUGGAGGAGGUGAAGGAGGUGUACAUGGGCAACGUGCUGCAGGCGGGUGAAGGGCAAGCUCCAACGCGACAGGCUCUUCUAGGCGCCGGCCUGCCUCUCUCCACUCCAGCAACCACAAUAAACAAAGUCUGUGCCUCAGGCAUGAAGUCCAUCAUGAUGGCGGCACAGAGUCUGAUGUGUGGGCACCAGGAUGUGAUGGUAGCUGGCGGCAUGGAGAGCAUGUCUCAGGUUCCUUUCGUCAUGGCGAGAGAGGCGCCCCCUUAUGGCGGGCUGAAGCUCGAGGAUCUUAUCGUGAAGGACGGCCUAACGGACGUCUACAACAAAUUUCACAUGGGGAACUGCGCGGAAAACACAGCCAAGAAAAGCACCAUUUCCCGCGAGGAGCAGGACACGUACGCCAUUAACUCGUACACGCGCAGCAGAGCAGCAUGGGAGUCAGGAAUCCUGGCCAAAGAGGUGGUGCCAGUCAGCAUCCCCCAAAGAGGCAAGCCAGAUGUUGUCGUUAAGGAGGAUGAGGAGUGGAGGAAGGUGGAUUUUAGCAAAGUACCCAAACUGAAGACUGUUUUCCAGAAAGACAACGGCACGGUGACAGCGGCUAACGCUAGCACACUGAACGACGGCGCGGCUGCGGUGGUCCUCAUGACGGCCGGCGCAGCGAAGAGACUUAACGUCACACCACUGGCGAGGAUCGCAGCAUUUGCUGACGCCGCCGUGGCUCCUAUCGACUUCCCGAUCGCUCCAGCUUUUGCCGUUCCCAAGGUCCUCAGCGCGGCCGGUGUGAGGAAGGAGGACGUGGCCAUGUGGGAAAUAAACGAGGCCUUCAGCGUGGUCGUUCUGGCCAACAUCAAGAUGCUGGACAUCGACCCAAGCAAAGUGAACAUCAACGGUGGAGCGGUGUCCCUCGGCCACCCCAUCGGAAUGUCUGGGACGAGGAUCGUCGGACACAUGGUGCACCACCUGCAGCCCGGGCAGUACGGCCUGGCGAGCAUCUGCAACGGAGGAGGUGGAGCCUCCGCUAUUCUCAUCCAGAAAUAUUAGCUCAUUUAACGUAGUAUUAAAGUUAAUGUCUCUAAGGUCAACUUACCACACAGUACAACUCCGCAACCACAACGCUCCGUAGUUACAGUCACUCCAGAAUAGGUCACUCCUCCCUCUGUCUGCAUCAGAGAGCUAUUUAAUAUUUUGAUGAAGAUCGUAACCAUUCAUCAGGUAGCAUAUUUAAGAUUAGCAUUAUUUAAAUUUUCUUCUGAUUCUAUUUUCUGAUGUAGAGGUUAUUUGAAAAAAUGCUGAAGCUGCAUUAAAAAAAAACUCAACUUUGAA